AUGGAAGAUAUUGAUGGACUCAGCCCAGAAGAAAAAAAUAUCCUCGGAUUCAUACCUUCUUUUCUCGACAAUGAAUCUACUGUGCGAACCUCUUUAACGACAAAUGGGUGUUGGAAAUUCGUCUGGGAUUCACUCACCGCCGUUCUCGACUUCGAAUACGGCCCAAGCAACACCGCAAGAAAUCUUUUCACAAAGGUCGUCAACCGCGUUCUUGCUCACCGUGAUAACUCUCCGAUCACCAUGCUCCGCUUCGCUGCCCUCGCAAAAAUCGACACAGUACUUAUAGAGAAGUGUGUACAAUAUGCCUUGAUCCACCAUGUCCAAGAACUCGACAUUGGAGCGUUUUGUGAUGAGACAUUCUUUGAAAUGCCAUCCGAGUUCUAUAUUAGCCAGUCUCUGAGAGUGUUAAAGUUGAGCAAUGCUACUCCUACCAGAUUGAUUUUGAACCAAACGGUGGCCUUAACGAAUUUGAAGUUUCUCCAACUCAAGAACUUCUUGUUUACGCAUCAGAAUUUCAAUGCACAGAUCUUUUCUGGGUGCCCAAAUCUUGAAACUUUGGUUUUGCGCAAAUGUGCCAUUAGUCCUGGGGAUAAACUGAAGGUUUUGAAUGUUUCAGGGCAUAAACUCAAUGAGAUACAGAUAUUACCUGGGAGAUUUCCUUGGGCCUAUGUUUAUGAUCAACAAAUAGAGAUUUGUGCACCAAGACUCGCUUGUUUUAAGUGCAAAGGCACUAUUCCUGCAGUGUCCUUUAAGGGAAACAUGCCUCGUUUGGACAGAGUGUCUAUAGACUUGGAUCAUACAAGUUCUUAUGAAAUGGGUUGUGCAACUGAGAGAAAAAAUAAGAUGGAGGAGAUCUUGAUUAACAUGGUUGGUGAUCUCUGGAACGCGCCGUACAUCUUCCUGUCCUUGAAGACUAUGAUGAUUCUCCUCGACAUUUCUAAUCUAUGUGAACGUGGAGCCUCUACAUUAAGGGGUCGAAGUUUGAAAGCAAAUAAUAGCCACACAGACAGGAAUGGAUCUUCUGAUGCUAUUAUCGACCCCUGGACCGCUGCCAUUGAGAAGCCCUUGAUCUUGGAUCUCCAAAAGGAACACAGAAUGUGUCCAAGUUUUGAAGUCAAACGUAAAGGGAAAAUCUUGCUGUAUGCACCAACAUAUGUUACGACCUACUUACACCAAAGCUUUCCACGUGCAGACACUUUCACUUUCGAGCUUCCUGAGUCAGAUCUUAUGACUCUUAUCCAAUGA